UAUAAAUAUAUCCGAACUCCUUCGAUUCCCAACACAAUUAGCCCUCCUUCCUCUCUCAUCUCCUCUCAUCACAGCACUUAGAAUCUUCACAAAAUGGUCGCAGUAGACACCACCACCACCACCAACAACAACAACAAUGCACCCACACUCAACAUCAAGCAAGGGGAGGGCGCUCAUCCCCCCGGCUGAAGAGACCCCAAAGGGCCUCUACUACCUCUCCAACCUUGACCAAAACAUUGCCGUCAUAGUUCAAACCAUCUACUGCUUCAGAGCUGAGGACAAAGGCAACGAGGGCGCGGCUGAGGUUAUGAAGGAAGCGUUGGCUAAAGUUUUGGUGCAUUAUUACCCGUUGGCUGGUAGGCUCACUAUAAGCAGUGAAGGGAAGUUGAUAGUGGACUGUACCGGUGAGGGGGCUGUGUUCGUGGAGGCUGAGUGUGAGGGGGUGAUGGAGGAGAUCGGAGACAUUACUAAGCCUGAUCCUGUGAUGCUAGGAAAGCUUGUUUACACUGUGCCGGGGGCUAAGAAUAUUUUGGAGAUCCCUCCUCUUGUUGCUCAGGUCACCAAAUUCAGGUGCGGAAGCUUCAUCCUCGGCCUAGCCAUGAACCACUGCAUGUUCGACGGUCUCGGCGCCAUGGAGUUCGUCAACUCGUGGGGCGAAACCGCCAGGGGUCUCCCCCUCGCCAUCCCGCCCUUCAUCGACCGCACAAUCCUCAGAUGUCGAUCCCCCCCGUCCAUCGAGUUCCCGCAUCAUGAGUUCGCCCAGAUCGACGACAUCUCCAACACAGCCGCGCUGUACCAGGAGGAGAUGCUCUAUCGCUCCUUCUGCUUCGACCCAGAGAAGCUGAGCCAGCUCAAGAAAAUGGCCGUCGAAGAUGGCACGAUUUCAAGCUGCACGACUUUUGAGGCACUGUCUGGUUUCGUGUGGCGGGCCCGCAGGGCCUUGAACCUCAGGCCCGAGCAACAAACCAAGCUCCUUUUCGCGGUGGAUGGGAGGCCCCGAUUCGAGCCCAAGCUCCCGAAGGGCUACUUUGGCAACGGCAUCGUGCUCACCAACGCGCUGUGCGGAUCGGGCGAGCUCUUGGACAGCCCGCUAGGCUUUUCGGUGCAACGGGUCCAGGAAGCGGUCCGGAUGGUGACCGACAAGUACAUGAGGUCCGCCGUGGACUACUUCGAGGUGACUCGGGCCAGGCCGUCUCUCGCCGCGACUCUUUUGAUCACGACCUGGUCGAAAUUAUCGUUCCACACGACGGACUUCGGGUGGGGCGAGCCGUCGCAGUCCGGGCCGGUGGCCCUGCCGGAAAAAGAGGUGAUCCUGUUCUUGUCUCACGGGAAAGAGAGGAGGAGCAUCAACGUGCUUCUUGGGCUCCCGGCCUCUGCUAUGGCCACAUUCGAAAGGCUGAUGGAGAUUUAAAGGUGGCGUGUUGGCGUACGUGUUUGGCUUUAUUUGGCCUUAACUUUUCUUUGGUUUAUGUGUAUUGGGUUCUUCUGGGGUAUUUUCUUGGGUUUGUAUAUGUGGGCCUCGGGGACACGUUCGUAUGAUCUUGGCCCAAAGUUGUGGAGCUGGUUGAUUUGAUGUACUUAUACAUUAUCGCUACUAGUAAUAUAUAUAUAUAUAUAUGAAACGGUUUACAGCUUCUGUUU